GCGGCUGCAGCACACACGCGACCACCGCCGACUCCGCCUAGAUCCCGACGACGGGAGGCGGCGAUGGAGGUCCAUGGCAGCCCCCAAGGGUUCACUUAGCCCCCAAGCAUGGGAGUUCCAGGCCUAGAUUGGCCAGGGCUAGAUCGGGAGGACGCAAUCCAGACGGAAGACGAGUGCAGCAGCCCAAGCUGGAGCGUCGAGUCUGGGAGAUCUGGAAGCAGCGGCGAUUUCACGGAGAGCUCGGCGCUGAAAUCCGACCAGUAAUCUGUAGCGGAAGCUCCGAUCUCUCCAUCGAUGGGGUCAGGGAACAAAAGUUCACACGAUUUCGAAGAGGAACAACUGACGCCAGAGUAUUCCCAUGUUACUGCAUCAGAAUCGCCCAAGUCUACACAUUGUACGAAUAAGAGGCCAUAUGAUGGCAUAGUAGAAGACGACUAUCUGGACGUUCCUGCAGUUGGAUCAUCUGAUUCACCGACAGAACCUGAUACAUGGGUGAAGAGGCCACGAUUCGGGAAGAUCCCUGAUUUCAGAACAGCAAAAAAUGGGAGGAAGAGCACUUUGGAAUUAAAAAUGAGAAAAUUUGGAAAUAGGAAUUCAGAUGAGGUAGUUGCUCCUGAACCAGGAUUGGAGUUUGAUUCUUUACUAGAAGCAUUCGACUUCUUCAACCUCUACUCCUGGGAGGUUGGCUUCGGCAUCAGAUAUGGGGCGUCUAGGAAGAAUAAACAUGGGAGAAUGAUGAUGCAGGAGAUCCUGUGCGGAUGCGCGAGUCAUUCGAAGUUGCAAUGAGCAGUAUGUUAGAUGCAAUCCCCAAGAUCACAGAGGCAAGCAGGAUUUGUGAUGGUCUUGGGCUGGAACAGAGGCUUCAUGCAUCAGGCCUGGGAGGAAACAUAAAUGCCGGAUCAGGACAUGGAGAUGCACCCGGACGGACUAGCCUAACCCCUGGCAUGGUUGCUCCAUUCAAGAAAACGGAUUUAGGCCGCCUGACUUCAGCAAGAGCCAAACCUGGCUAUGAUGUUAGCGUGCCAUGGACCUUAUAGUAUAGCAUAUUGUACCAUGUGGGAACUUUCAAAAGGACCACAUGAAUUUUUAUGAUGGUGUUUUAUCUUCAUAGAAGGAUAAGGACUUGUUAGCCACUAAUCCGUAACUAUUUUUUCACUGACUUGUCACCCUAUUUGGGUUAAGUCAAGGUUCUAUGUAGGUGUCUAAAUCCCCUAGAGGGGUAAACCUUCAAGCGA